AUGGUCUCGGGUCUUGACAAAUAUCUUAAAUGUUUUACUGAACCAUUAAAGUGGUUAAGAAGAUGCUGUUGUGGUUCUGCUGGUGACGACGGUGAUGAUGCAGAAUCAGAUGUCGAAGGUGACGAUGAUGCGAGUGGUACAGAUGGUAGCAGUAGUGGUCACUCUGUUGCUACUGACCGCAACUGUAUUAUCAGUGCCAUCGUCGUCAUAAUCAUUUUCAAAGUCAGUCUCGUGACCUUCAUGAUUAGCACUUAG